AUGGCAGCCUCAGCUACAAGACAGGACAGCAAAAAGCUGUGUCCAGUGCCACCGAAAGGAAUCUCUGUGACAGCAUACGACCCCCUGGGCUCCCCGGACAGAUCUUUUGCAACUGCAGGAGAACCAUCUCUGCUGGAGGACCUAAAGAUCAAGACCAUAGCUGACAAGUACAGGAAGACCACAGUGCAGCUCCUGAUCCGUUUCCAUGACCAGAGGAAUGUGAUUGUUAUCCCCAAGUCUACAAUGCUUCACUGCAUAAACAAAAACAUUCAGGUCUUUGACUUUGAGCUGAGCGAGGAUGACAUGGUGACUCUCAUGAGCUUCAACAGGAACUGGAGAGCCUCUCCCUUCAUCCGGUGA